AUGGCUGUCAAUCCGAAUGCACUGGCGGCAGUGAAGCGGCUUCUGUCUGCACGCUAUCCGACGCUCGAGGUUGAUCCUCAGUGGCUCGACAGAUGCAUCGCAGACGUGCGCCAAGGGGCCGCAGCUGUGCGUAACGGAUCAAACGAUCAGCUCGCACGCUCGGUGCGCCAGCAGCUCUUGGAGACCGACCUGGCGCAAGUGGUGCCGCCGUCGUACAGCCGCAUCGCGCCCGAAAAGCUUCGAGCGGCGAAUGGGAAGGUGGGCGACAGUGGCAGAGGAGCGGUGCUCGUGCAGAUCGAGAGCAUGAUCGACAUUGGCUGUUCCGCCGCCUCGCAGCUCGAGAUCGCCGAGGCACGCGUCGAGGCGCGUCGUUCCAACAAGGAUCCCAACGAAGCCUACACUGGCCUCAAACCUGCCGCGUCUGCGUCUUUAUCCUGGUCGGGUGCGGAUGCCAUGGCUGCGUUCGAUGCGCAGGAGGAGGGCAAAUCGCAGAGCAACACGAUCUACCCGCGACGCAUGCUCAAACUCGAGCUCUCGGACGGCGGCAGCAGCGCCAACGUGUGGGCGAUCGAGCUGGAGCGCAUCGGUGGCUUGGACAUGAACACGACCAAGAUGGGCAGCAAGCUGCUGCUGAAGGGCGCGCUGGUCAAGAACGGCUAUCUGCUCCUCACACCUGCGACGGUGAGCGUGGAGGGCGGCGGUGUAUCGGCAAAGCAGGCCGUGGCCGAGGAAAAGUUGAUUGCGACGCUUCGAGCCCAACUGGGUCCGCCACGCAGAAAGCGCGGUAUGCCGAGCCGGCCCCAAGCAGUCUCGAACCAAGCGCACGUCGGCAACGGCUCGAAUCACGCACCUAUGGCAGCGCCAGAUCGCUUCAGCCCGGACGAGGACGAGAGCAUGCUGCUUGCCGCACUGGAAGCCGAAGCCGAAAUCGACGAGGCGGCUGCGGUCCAGGUGGCCGAGCGAGACGCGCGGGUGCCACACGAGACGAAGCUAGACAGCGGCGGACCAGCGAACGGGCAUGCACAAGCUGGCCGAAGGCAUCAGGCGCCCAUCGUCAUGGUCGACAGCGACGAGGACGGUGAACUCGCAAGCACCGUGUGGCAUGAGACCAUCCUCAUCGAAUCGUCUCCCGAGCCAUAG